AUGCCGCCCAGAAUACCAGGCCCCUCGGGGCUCCAGAACCUGACAUUAUGUCUCCGGCCAGCGGCAGCAUCCCGACAAGUCGCGCCCUCCUUCCAACCCCUCGUCCAGAAGGCCACCCUCACCCAAGAGAGGACCUCCCUGACCCAGAAAGAAAGGGAUGCCCUUCGAAAGAAGAAGCUCGACCCUUACCGGUGGCAACAAGCCCAACAAAGAAAGAACCGCAACCUUCGACGACAGGAAGUGCUCACAGUCCAGCGCGACAAGGCAUGGGGCGACCCAGUGAACGGCCUUGUGACGCCCUUCCUCGAGUCCUUCGACACCGCCGGCCAGUCUCCUCAGUCCCAGGUCAGGAGGGAUGAGGAAAGGAACCCGCUGGAGCAGCCGCACGACCUGCCGACGUCGGAGCACAUCCUCAACUACCAGCUCACGAAGCAGGAGCUCGACGAGGCCAUCGCCGAGUCCUACAAGCUCACCGCGCCCUCCCAGGGCGACAUCAAGUCGGUGUACUACAGCGAGGUCAUCGACAAGGAGGCCAAGCAGACGCACGAGGAGAACCACGUGCGCGCGGUCGAGGCCCUCAAGAGGAUCACGACACUCGACAACGCCAGCAGCAAGGACAGGCGGCACGCCAACAUCCGGCGCAUCAUCGAGACGUUCGGCCGGCACGAGACGGACGCGAAGCUGCGCCAGAAGCCGCUGGUCGCGGGCCAGGAUGAGCGGGUAGAGAAGGUCCGCGGCGGGCCGGACACGGGCUCAUCGGAGGUGCAGAUCGCCAUCCUGACGGCCAAGAUCAGGGUGCUGGCCGCCAUGUACGCGGGAAAGAAGGGCAACAAGGACAAGCACAACAAGAAGAACCUGCGGCUGCUGCUGCACAGGCGGCAGAAGCUGCUCAAGUACAUGGAGAGGAGGGAGAGGGGAAGCGGCCGGUGGGAGCACAUGAUCGAGACGCUGGGCCUGUCGCCUGCAACUUACAAGAAGCAGAUCGAGGUUAGGUAG